AUGCAAAUAGCAAAACCAAUAAUUUAUGGAACGAUCGCAACUUGGCUUGGUAGAAGAUCAGAUGAAAAGAAAACACAUUCAUGGAUUUGCUAUGUAAGAGGGGUUCAUAAUGAAGACUUAUCUUAUUUCAUUGAAAAAGUAAUAUUUGUAUUGCAUAGUUCAUUUGAAAAUACUAAUAGAGGUAAAAUAUUAAAUAAAUAUUUUAGUUGUAACUCAACAUCCAUUUGUGAUAGCAGAAACAGGUUGGGGUUAAUUUGAUAUCAUUAUAAAAAUAUAUUUAAAGGGUGAUUAUGAUUAACCUAUGAUUGCAGUACAUCCAUUAAAAUUAUAUUAAAACUAAACAUAAAAUAUUCCAUUAACUAGGAAACCUGUUGUAAGUGAAUAAUAUGAUGAAAUUGUAUUUAUUAACCCAAAAGUAAUUAAUUAAUCUUAACAUAGUCUGAAUUAUUAGAAAUAUUAAACUAAAUGCCUAACUAAGAAAAUAAUUAAGUAGAAGAAGAAAUUUAAGUAGAUUAAAAAGAACCUGAUUUUGAAUAGAUGACUCCUGCACAAAUAUUAAAAUAUAAUCAACCCAAUUUUACAAUUUUUGAUAUAAAUGAAUCAAAAGUAACUAUUGAAAAAGCAAUAUAAAUUGUUAGUUAAGAUAUAUUAGCAGAUUAUAAAAGAAAAGUAUCAUAAUUAUAAAUAAUUUAUAGAAUCAUCAAUUAGAUACAGAAAUUUAAGAAUUAUAAAUUGAAUAUGAAAAUCUGUAAAACAAAUUAUAAUAAGUACAAUAAUAAUGA